UCGGUUGAGGCGCUCGCUCGCAGCCAUUGAGCUAUUGGACUGGCGGACGGCGAGCGUCACCCCCGCUGCCUUUCCGUGGGAUUUCACCUCUUUUAUUUAUUUAUUUCUAUCCAAGCGGGGGACGACGCGCGGAGUACGUGGCGGCGUUUACCGGCCUGACACCCGGGUCACAGGGAGCGCCGCGAUGAACAAGCUACGGCAGAGCUUCCGGCGGAAGAAAGACAUCUACGUGCCGGAGUCCAGCCGGCCGCACCAGUGGCAGACGGACGAGGAGGCGGUCCGCAGCGGGAAAUGCAGCUUUGCGGUCAAGUACCUGGGACAUGUGGAGGUGGAGGAGUCUCGAGGCAUGCACAUCUGCGAGGAAGCGGUCAAGCGGCUGAAGACGGACAGGAAAUUCUUCAAAGGAUUCUUUUCCAAAGCCGGCAAGAAGGCCGUGCGCGCCGUGCUGUGGGUGUCGGCAGACGGCCUUCGGGUCGUUGACGACAAAACCAAGGAUCUGAUCCUGGACCAGACAAUCGAGAAGGUGUCCUUCUGCGCUCCGGACCGCAACUUCGAGAGAGCCUUUUCCUACAUCUGCCGCGACGGCACCACGCGGCGCUGGAUCUGUCACUGCUUCAUGGCCGUCAAGGACUCGGGCGAGCGCCUGAGUCACGCCGUCGGCUGCGCCUUCGCCGCCUGUCUGGAGCGCAAACAGAAGCGGGAGAAGGAGUGCGGCGUCACGGCGACCUUCGACGCCAACAGAACCACUUUCACCCGCGAGGGCUCCUUCCGCGUCACCACGGCGACGGAGGCGGCGGAGCGGGAGGAGGUCAUGAGGCAGCUGCAGGACGCCAAGAACGCUGAGAUCGAGGUAACGGUGGCGGGGAACUCGUCGGGCGUGCCGGCCAACCCCGCCCCCCAGCAGGCGGGAGGCACGCCGUCGCCCUCGUCCUCGCCGCCCCUCUCGCUGAGCGCCCCGGGCCCCCAGGUGAUACCGCGCCGACACGCCCCGGUGGAGGCCCUGGCCCGGCAGGGGUCCUUCCGGGGCUUCCCGGCCCUCAGCCAGAAGACCUCGCCCUUCAAGCGGCAACUGUCUCUGCGCAUGAACGAGCUGCCCUCCACCAUGCAGCGCAAGUCGGACUUCCCCAUCGACGACACGGUGCCCGAGGUGGAAGGGGAGAACGACAGCAUCAGCUCUCUGUGCACUCAGAUCACCUCCGCGUUCAGCGGGCCCCCAGAGGACCCCUUCUCCUCGGCACCGAUGCCCAAAGCGGCGUCCCCGCAGUCUCCCGUCAUCCCUGUCAACGGCUCUGUCUUCUCCGCUCACCCCGCUAACAAUCCUCCAGCUUUGGCCCCUGCCCUGCCUGCUAGAGACACUAACCCCUGGGCUAAGACCCCCUCCACAGCACCCGGAAGUGAUUGGUCGUCUCCCACGCCCGUCAUCAUGGUCCCCCCAACAUCGUCUCCAGUCCUGCUCUCACACAAGCGGACGCCCUCGGAGGCGGAAAAAUGGUUGGACGAAGUGUCCAAGUCCGUCAGAGCUCCGCCUUCUAACCCCGUCCUGGCCCCCGCCCCGCCUUUUAUCGCCCCCACGCCCGUGGCGUCCUUACCCCCGGCGCCGUACGUGUCCCCCCUCCCCCCGCCGGCGGUGCCCCUGCUGCCCCCCCGCCAGACUGCUUUCCACCCCGUGCCCAACGGCCUCCUGCCCAGCGUCCCCGUGGCGGGCAUCACGCCCUCGCAGAUGGUCGCCAACGUCUUCGGCUCGGCGCCGCCCCCGCCCAACAUCGCCGGCCCCUUUCUCAAGCCGCCCGUCCACCCGGCCGUCGGCAGCGAGAGCUUCAACGGCUCCGACGACUGGGCCGGCCUCUCUCACUUGGCCCCGCCCCCGGCGCAGCAGCAGCAGGAGGACGCCUUCGAGGCCCAGUGGGCGGCGCUGGAGGGCCGCUCGCGCCAGCGCGCCACGCCGUCGCCCACCAACCCCUUCUCCACCGAGCUGCACAAGACCUUUGAGAUCCAGCUCUGAUGACUGCGGCGACAAGGACAAGAAGACGCAUGCUUCUGAUUGUAGCGAGGGGGCGGGGCCUCUCCUCCUCAAGCAAGACAAUGCCAAAUCUUUAUUUUUAUGCAUUAAGUAUAUUUUACAUAGCUUGGACUCUUUUAAGCGGUCUGGUCAAAGGCAGAGAGAAGAAAUCUAUUCUAGAUAAAUAUCUAUAAGGUGUCACGUGAAGGGACUUUUGCUUUUAUUUUGCUGUGACGUCUCCACUGUAAAUAACAUCUCAUUGCAGCAACAAUCAUAUGUUUUACUCCUUUUAUGCUCGGGUGGCUUUAGGAACACAGCAGCGUGUCGUCUCUUUUUUUUUUUUUCCAAUAGUCAAUUCUUCCCAGGGAGUUUUGCACCAGCACUCAGGUGGUUGACUCGGAGUGUCGGCUUCUUCUCUUUUUUUUUUUUAAAUCAAACCUGUGAAUAUAAUCUGUCCGCGGAUCUAUUUUUCCAUUUUGUAAUUAUUUCACAACUUUAUUCCGACUUCUUGGGAGAAAUGGGAAAGAUAAAAGAUUGAAUAAAUGAUGGUGGCGGAGGAAAAUCA